GAUGAGGAGUCCUUAUGACAAAUAUGAGCUGGGCCUUCUUAACACGUCUUCUUGAAGAAAUCCACAAUCAUUCCACCUUUGUUGGCAAGGUAUGGCUGACAGUGCUGAUUAUUUUCCGCAUUGUGCUGACUGCAGUUGGAGGGGAGUCUAUAUAUUCUGAUGAGCAGAGCAAAUUUGUCUGUAACACCAAACAGCCUGGGUGUGAGAAUGUCUGCUAUGAUGCAUUUGCACCUCUCUCCCACGUGAGGUUCUGGGUUUUUCAGAUCAUCAUGAUAUCUACCCCAUCUGUAAUGUAUCUUGGCUAUGCCAUCCACAAGAUUGCCAGAUCUACUGAAGAAGAAAAGAAGAACAAGUUCUUCAAGAAAAAAAAACUGCCAACAGUACGAUGGCAAGUCCACCGUAAUUCGGAACAAACAGAGGAUGAAGAUGAGGAGGAGCCAAUGAUUAAUGAUGAAACAGAAAGUGAGAAAAGAGUCUGUAGUAAUGAAAAGCAUGACGGAAGACGACGCAUUUUGCAAGAAGGUCUGAUGAAAAUGUAUGUUUUCCAGUUGAUUUUCAGGGCCCUAUUUGAGGUGGCUUUCCUUCUGGGACAAUAUUUUCUAUAUGGAUUUGAAGUUAAUCCAUCCUAUGUCUGUACUAGAAUUCCCUGUCCUCACACUGUGGACUGCUUUGUCUCAAGACCGACAGAGAAGACGGUUUUCCUCAUUGUAAUGUAUGUAGUCAGCUGCCUUUGCCUAAUUCUUAAUAUCUGUGAGAUGUUCCAUCUGGGCUUUGGAACCAUCAGAGAUAUAAUCCGUAGCAAACGGCGCAACCAGAGCAACAUGCGACCUUUCCCUUACCAUUAUCCUCGGAACAUUCCAUCAUCGCCACCAGGAUACAGUCUGGUGGUCAAAUCAGACAAGUCCACCAAGGUUCCAAAUGGUCUUUUGGCUCAUGAGCAAAACUUAGCUAAUGUAGCCCAAGAGCAACAGCCCACUAGUCCAGAUGACAACAUCCCGCCUGACUUGGCCAGGCUCCACAAGCACCUGAAAGAUGCCCAGGAGCAGUUGGAUAUUGCUUUUCAGAGUUAUAACACUCAAGAGAAUGCACUCAAAUCCAGGACCAGCAGCCCAACAUCAGGAGGUACUGUAGUGGAGCAAAACCAUGUCAACACUGCUCAUGAGAAACAGGGUGCUAAGCCCAAACCUGUCUCAGAGAAAGGCAGCUCCAGUAGCAAAUCUGGAGAUGGAAAAACAUCCGUUUGGAUUUAACUUCUGUUUAUAGUCAAUUAAGUUUACAAUAGUCCCUUUAAAAAGGCAGUAGCCACUUUCUGCACAUUUUACUACAGUCUGCUUUAUUUUAGAUAACCAACAUAAUAACAAUACAGCUUCUUGGGUUAUAAGAAUAGUGAGACAAGGCUCCCAGUGUGAAAUCUGGUUCAAUGAUGGUGCAAAUCAGAAAAUUGAAACCAGAUGCCAGAGGCGGUGUUCCUGAUUUCCUAGCCAUCAAAAUCGAUGACUGCAAAACUGAGAGGCCCAUAAAUCAUAUAUAGAAAUUGUUUUACUAAUCAUUUGGUCCUAUUGAACAGAGCCUUAUGUUGGGCUCAUAGUGCUGUCCCUCUCAACUCUCCCUAAACCACUAGGUAUCUGCUUGUACUCCAAUUUAAAAUGGAGUAACAUCUAGAGUUACUGCAUUAAGAAUGCAUGCAUUUGUGGUGAUAAAGAUUAUAGUUGUUUUCACUUGAAAAUUUAAAUAGUUGUUGGGCCGCUAUUAAUUUUCUUUACCUGAUUCACUGUGUGCCUAUUUCACAGGAGACAAACCAUUGACUCCAUUAUGGCUACAAAUGAUUAAACUGCAAUUAUCAUUUUA